AUCUCCAACGGCUGCUUUAUCUCAGCAACUCUGAAACAACGUUUAGAACCUCCGGACCAGGUUCGGUCUCCUAGACUGACGCAGAUGGAAUAAACUCCUCAGUGAUGAACCAGCUUUCCUCUCUCCUCUCUGCAGCUCCGGACUCCGGGACCGCCUCCUUCUUAAAGAACCUGGAAGCAGGGGCAGGACUCAGUCCGACUCAAACUGCUGGCUCAGCCUUCAUGGACCGAACUCCGCUGCAGUCUUCUCCUCUUUAACGACCGAACCUGGAACUUUUAUUUUCUUUUAUUUCUGCGCCUGCGCCAUGCCAUCCGGCUCCAGAGGAAGAACUGGAUUCUCCGUGAGGGACCUUCUGGACCUUCCGAGUCCCAGAGGAGGAUGUGGGUCCGGGACCGAGGAGGAAAGGUCCAGAGAGGCCUCGGUGGAGGGUCCAGGCUCUGGCAGCGCGCAGAAACUCGGGUUAAGUUGGAGCAGGUGGAGCCGCGCAGCAGACUCCGGAACCAACCGGCCCGCUGAGCAGUCCACAGCUGCUGCCCGGCUCGGUUCGGUUCAGAAGAAUCGCGGAAGGAAGCGACGGGUCCUCUUCUCAAAGUUGCAGACCUUCGAGCUGGAGCGCCGCUUCCGGCAGCAGCGGUACCUUUCGGUCCCGGAGAGGGAGCACCUGGCGGGCCUGCUCCACCUCACCCCGAACCAAGUAAAGAUCUGGUUCCAGAACCACCGCUACAAGAUGAAGCGCGCACGCGAAGAGCGCGGCCACAAGGCGCUGCAGCUGCUGCCGGCGCGUCGUUUCGCCAUCCCGCUUCUGGUCCGGGAUGGUAAGCCGUGCGAGCCGCUGGAGGUUCGGCCCGGAAUGGCCCUUCCUCUGUACGCCUGCUCCCCACUGCUGCUCGCCGCCUGCGGCCCGGAGCAGGCCGGACUGCCGCAGCAGCUUCCAGGAGCGCAGCCGCUGGCGCACAUCCACCCCUGGAGCUGGUGAGGUUCGGACCGGACUUUAACAGAAUCUAACAGAACCUUUCCGUUUAAACUGCUCCUUGGUUCCAUGGCUGAUUCCUUCUCCACAUGGAUCAUUGAUGAUCCUGUGUUUGGUUUUGUUCUGGUUCUGUGAGCGU